AUGGUUAAUUUAGUAUUAUAUUUUCUUGGUCAACCAGAAACAAAAGCUUUACUCACUCUUUUUGUUUCAAUUAUUAUUCUUCCUUUAUCAGCAUUUUCUGCACCUUUAGUUCCUCAUUUUAUUUGGGUGUUUCUUCGUUCAUCAUAUCUUUUUCUUGGAAUUUAUUUUGUUGGUGUUUGCUGCCUCGUACGAUGGAUUGCUGGUGGUGGUCAAUAUGAUGCUCUUAAGACAAAGGAUCUUAGUGGAAAAACUUAUUUAGUCACUGGAUCAGCUGGUGGAAUUGGAAAACAAACAGCUCUUGAAUUGUCAAAGCUUGGUGCUAAAGUAGUACUGUUUGCCCGACCUAGCAACUUGCAACAAACGAUCAGUGAUGUUAAAAAAGUAGCACGAGAUGCUAAACUUGUAAGUGGUUAUCCAAUUGAUUUAGCUGAUUUACGUUCAAUUAAAACUGGCAUUGAACAAUAUAAAAAAAGUGAAGGAGAAGAUGCUCCAAUUACUG